AUGCGUUUAAACGAAAACGACACAAUAGAUCCGGAAAGCGCGUGUUAUCGAACCAGGACGACCGAAUAUACGAGCUCUUCCGUCAAAUGCGUGGACGUGUGCGUGGAGUUCGACGACAAUAACACUACUAAAACUUCAAAUCGCGUCUGUCGCUCGUCCCCGAUUUUAGAAUCAAACGCGUCCGAAAACGCCUGCGAACGGGCGUGCGCAGACGCGUAUUACCACUCCACGUCUUUAAAAUUCCACGCGGACGAACAGAAAAUGAAAGAAUACGAGGAUUUGAGGACAGAGACGUGCAAAAAAGAGUGCUCGCGCGCGUUUUUAUCCGAGCAGCGGGGAAACGAAGCAACAGAGGACUAG